UGUUUUCAGCGAUAUUAUGUAAAACCGUGCUAAUCGAUAUAUCAGUGCAUACACGAUCAAAGAGGCUUUUGAUUUGAGGUUGCAGUAAAAUAGUUGGAUUGUAGAAGGGGAAUUGGAAGUGGUUUGACUUAUCAGGGGCAGGGAUGGUGUUGGUAAUGGAAGAGCCCCUGGUGACUUCAGCACCGAUCAUUGAUAUAUCUACUUUAAAAUCAUGGGGCGAUACGAGCCCUAUACAAUUUCCUACAAGCUACAAUAUUAACUCAAGUCUUGAAACUAGUCCUUACCCAGUAAACAAGGCACUUAACAAAAAGAUUAUAUUUUGGGAAGGAGAUAUUACUCAACUUCGCGUAGACGCGAUUGUACAUUCUACAAAUGAAAAUUUUUCUGAUCACUGCCCUUUAAGUAACAGAAUAUUUACAAAAGCUGGCCAUGGGCUCAAGCAAGAAAUUUAUGAUGAUAUAAAAGAAUGUAGAACUGGUGAAGUUGUGGUUUCAAAAGCUUAUAGGCUUCCUGCUAAACUUAUUAUUCACACUGUUGGCCCUAAAUAUAAUCCAAAAUUUCAAUCAGCUGCAGAAAACACUCUUCAUAACUGCUACAGAAAUAUCUUGCAAAAAGCCUAUGAGUUGAAAUUGAGAUCUUUGGCAAUAAGUGUGGUCAAUUCCGUUAGGAGAAACUAUCCUCCCGAUGAAGGAGCCCACACUGCACUAAGAACAAUAAGGAGGAUAUUGGAGUAUCAGGAGAGCAAAGGUGACUGCCAUUUAGAAUAUGUUGUCCUGGCUGUUGAGAGUUGCGACGCCGGGAUCUACGAAGUAUUGCUUCCUUUGUACUUUCCACGUUCGAACAAAGAAGAAGAAGCUGCCUUAUUACAGUUACCGACUGGAAGAAACUAUGGUCCGUUUGGCGAACCUAUAUUUCCAGAUCGGCAAAUACGCAUAAUAGACAAUCCUCAUCAUCAUAUAAAUGCCCCUCCUAAAUUAGAUGGUCAACAGGUCGAAGAAAGAAAUACCCAAAAUAUACUAAAUAAAAUGGUCGCAGAGAGCACCGGUGCUACUGUUCCACAAGGCCUAGACAAUCCAGGCCCAGAAGAUGACUGUUCUGUGAUUGACCUCUCUAGUCAUUUUGAUGUAAUGGGCGACACUUCGUUCACGCAUAUGCAAGGGGACCUGGAUCAACAGAGGCUGCUGGGCGAGAGGCACGUCCCGCCGACUAUAGAUCCGUUCAUCGCCAAGCAAAUUCACAAUCAAGAAAGGUGA